GGGGCGGGGGGCGGGCAAGCAGAGGAUUUCGCUUGCUCUGUGAGAUCCAGGACGUGCUGGCGGCGCCGUUUCAGAGCAGAGACUGUCAGUUUCGGAUCCGAGGAUGGCGAUGGCAAAGCUUACCGGAGUUCCUUGUCAAAUUAAAGCUGUCACAGAAUAAAUCCCGCUGCCUGCUGCGAGGCCCCCGCCCCGCGCACUGCAAACUUCAGUGAGCGAACUGGGUAAUCAGUGUUUGGAUAUGCAGAUCCUUGAUUUAAAAGGCGGGGUGACCCUCCCAAGAACCUCUCCCGGGGGCCGAAGCCCGCAGGUGCAGUGAGGCGCGCGGGCGCGCGCGCGCGGGUGAAGACGCCUAGCCCGGGGGAGAGGAAGCCGGGGCGCCCGGCGGGGUCUGGCGGCCGUGCACCGGCGGCUCGUCUCCGGCGGCGGCGGUGGAUGAUGGUGGCGGCCGGCGUGCUGGUCUGUGUGAGUGCGUCGCCGCGGAAAUCAGCGCCCGGCGCUGCACGCUGAGCCCUUUGCAGGUCCUCCGCAGCCCGAGACUUGGCGAGGACAGACCCGGCGCGCAGGGGCCGCGGACCGGUGCGCUGGGGACCCGGGGGCUAGUGGGGUCGGCUUAUCAUGGCGGAUCGGACAGCUCCCAGCUGCCAGCUCCGGCUGGAGUGGGUGUACGGGUACCGGGGUCACCAGUGCCGCAACAACCUGUACUACACCGCCGGCAAGGAGGUGGUCUACUUUGUGGCUGGGGUCGGGGUGGUUUACAACACCCGCGAGCACAGCCAAAAAUUCUUCCUGGGACACAACGACGACAUUAUCAGCCUUGCCUUACAUCCAGAUAAAACUCUUGUUGCGACUGGCCAAGUUGGGAAGGAACCAUAUAUAUGUAUAUGGGAUUCCUAUAAUGUCCAAACUGUGUCUAUUCUUAAAGAUGUCCACACACAUGGAGUUGCCUGCCUGACUUUUGACUCGGAUGGACAGCGUUUAGCCUCUGUGGGAUUGGAUGCCAAAAACACAGUCUGCAUUUGGGACUGGAGGAAAGGAAAACUUCUGGCCUCAGCUACUGGCCACUCUGACCGGAUUUUUGAUAUUUCCUGGGAUCCGUAUCAGCCAAACAGAGUGGUUAGCUGUGGAGUGAAACACAUAAAGUUUUGGACGCUAUGUGGAAAUGCCCUGACUGCAAAAAGAGGAAUAUUUGGCAAAACUGGGGAUCUUCAGACCAUCCUUUGCCUUGCAUGUGCCAAAGAAGACAUCACCUACUCUGGUGCUUUAAAUGGCGACAUCUAUGUCUGGAAAGGGCUCAAUUUAGUCCGCACCAUUCAAGGAGCGCAUAGUGCUGGAAUCUUCAGCAUGUAUGCUUGUGAAGAAGGCUUUGCUACUGGUGGACGAGAUGGAUGUAUACGAUUAUGGGAUACUGAUUUCAAACCAAUAACCAAAAUUGAUCUCAGGGAGACAGAACAAGGAUAUAAAGGCCUCUCUAUCCGGAGUGUGUGCUGGAAAGCAGACCGCCUCCUAGCAGGGACCCAGGACAGCGAGAUAUUUGAAGUAAUCGUGCGAGAAAGGGACAAACCAAUGCUGAUCCUGCAGGGUCACUGUGAGGGGGAGCUCUGGGCUCUGGCCCUGCACCCCAAGAAGCCACUGGCCGUGACGGGCAGUGAUGACCGCUCUGUCAGGCUGUGGAGCCUGGCUGACCAUGCCUUGAUUGCCCGCUGUAACAUGGAGGAAGCAGUUCGCAGCGUUGCUUUCAGCCCUGAUGGAUCUCAGUUGGCCCUGGGCAUGAAGGACGGAUCUUUCAUUGUUCUCCGAGUCAGAGAUAUGACAGAAGUGGUUCAUAUCAAAGAUCGAAAAGAAGUCAUUCAUGAAAUGAAAUUUUCUCCAGAUGGUUCUUAUCUCGCAGUGGGAUCCAAUGAUGGCCCAGUAGACGUCUAUGCUGUCGCCCAGAGAUAUAAGAAAAUUGGAGAAUGCAACAAGUCUCUCAGUUUCAUCACACACAUUGACUGGUCUUUGGAUAGUAAAUACUUGCAAACUAAUGAUGGUGCUGGAGAACGGCUGUUCUACAAAAUGCCAUCUGGGAAGUCUUUAACAAGUAAAGAAGAAAUCAAAGGGAUUCCCUGGGCUUCCUGGACAUGUGUGAAAGGCCCAGAAGUGAGUGGAAUUUGGCCAAAAUACACUGAUGUCACUGACAUCAACUCAGUGGAUGCAAAUUACAACAGUUCAGUGUUGGUGUCUGGAGAUGAUUUUGGACUGGUUAAAUUGUUUAAAUUUCCUUGUCUCAAAAAAGGAGCCAAAUUUAGAAAGUAUGUGGGCCAUUCUGCACAUGUUACAAACGUCCGCUGGUCUCAUGACUUUCAGUGGGUAUUAAGCACAGGAGGGGCUGACCACUCAGUUUUCCAGUGGAGAUUUAUUCCAGAAGGUGUCAGCAAUGGCCUGCUGGAAACUGCACCCCAGGACGGUGGCACUGAUUCCUACAGUGAAGAAUCUGAUUCGGAUUUAUCUGACGUGCCAGAGUUGGACUCUGAUAUUGAGCAAGAAACUCAAAUCAAUUAUGAUCGCCAGGUUUACAAAGAAGAUCUACCUCAGCUAAAGCAGCAAAGUAAAGAGAAAAACCAUGCAGUGCCCUUCCUCAAACGAGAAAAGGCUCCUGAGGACAGCCUGAAACUCCAGUUCAUACACGGUUACAGAGGCUACGACUGUAGGAACAAUCUGUUCUACACACAAGCUGGAGAAGUGGUCUAUCACAUUGCUGCCGUUGCUGUCGUGUACAACAGGCAGCAGCACUCGCAGAGGCUAUACCUGGGGCACGACGAUGACAUUCUCAGCCUGACCAUUCAUCCAGUGAAGGACUACGUGGCCACUGGGCAGGUUGGAAGAGAUGCAGCUAUUCAUGUCUGGGAUACACAGACUCUAAAAUGUUUGUCACUGUUGAAAGGACAACAUCAGAAAGGAGUGUGUGCCCUCGAUUUCUCAGCUGAUGGAAAAUGUCUGGUGUCGGUUGGUUUAGACGAUUUUCACAGUGUUGUGUUUUGGGACUGGAAAAAGGGAGAAAAGAUAGCUACCACCAGAGGACAUAAAGAUAAGAUAUUUGUGGUAAAGUGUAAUCCACACCAUGUUGACAAACUGGUAACAGUUGGGAUCAAGCACAUCAGAUUCUGGCAACAAGCAGGUGGGGGCUUCACCUCUAAGAGAGGAAUUUUUGGAAGUGUUGGAAAAUUGGAAACAAUGAUGUGUGUUUCUUAUGGGCGAAUGGAAGAUCUGGUGUUCUCAGGAGCAGCUACUGGAGAUAUUUUUAUUUGGAAAGAUAUUCUCCUACUGAAGACAGUGAAAGCUCAUGACGGGCCUGUGUUUGCUAUGUAUGCAUUGGAUAAGGGUUUUGUAACAGGUGGAAAGGAUGGAAUUGUGGAACUCUGGGAUGAUAUGUUUGAAAGAUGCUUGAAGACUUAUGCCAUUAAAAGAGCAGCCUUGUCAACUAGCUCAAAAGGCUUGCUUUUGGAAGAUAAUCCUUCAAUUCGUGCCAUCACUUUGGGACAUGGACAUAUCCUGGUGGGAACAAAAAAUGGAGAGAUCCUGGAAAUUGAUAAAAGUGGCCCAAUGACACUGCUUGUUCAGGGGCACAUGGAAGGAGAAGUGUGGGGCCUGGCAGCUCACCCCCUCCUGCCCAUCUGUGCAACAGUGAGCGAUGAUAAAACCCUCCGGAUCUGGGAAUUAUCCUCCCAGCACCGUAUGCUGGCAGUGAGGAAACUCAAAAAAGGUGGAAGAUGCUGUGCCUUCUCCCCAGAUGGGAAAGCCUUAGCAGUUGGCUUGAAUGAUGGGAGUUUCCUGGUUGUAAAUGCUGACACUGUCGAAGACAUGGUCUCCUUCCAUCACAGAAAAGAAAUGAUCUCUGAUAUUAAAUUUUCAAAAGAUACAGGAAAAUACCUUGCCGUGGCAUCCCAUGAUAACUUUGUGGAUAUUUACAACGUCCUGACAAGCAAAAGGGUUGGCAUCUGUAAAGGUGCCUCUAGUUAUAUUACACACAUUGACUGGGACUCUAGAGGAAAAUUACUGCAAGUUAAUUCAGGUGCCAAAGAACAACUCUUCUUUGAAGCUCCAAGAGGCAAACGGCAUAUAAUAAGACCUUCCGAGAUUGAGAAGAUAGAGUGGGACACGUGGACCUGUGUGCUGGGGCCCACCUGUGAGGGCAUCUGGCCAGUGCACAGCGACGUGACUGAUGUCAAUGCUGCCAGCCUCACCAAAGACUGCUCCCUCUUAGCCACAGGAGAUGAUUUUGGUUUCAUUAAGCUUUUCUCAUAUCCUGUCAAGGGCCAGCAUGCGAGAUUUAAGAAGUAUGUGGGGCACAGCGCCCAUGUCACCAACGUGAGAUGGCUGCACAAUGACUCUGUGCUGCUCACCGUGGGCGGCGCUGACACGGCCCUGAUGAUCUGGACUCGGGAGUUUGUGGGGACCCAGGAGAGCAAGUUGGUGGACAGUGAGGAGUCGGACACCGAUGCAGAGGAGGAUGGAGGCUAUGACAGUGAUGUCGCUAGAGAAAAGGCUAUUGACUACACCACCAAGGUCUAUGCUGUGAGCAUCAGGGAAAUGGAAGGCACCAAACCGCACCAGCAAAUGAAAGAAGUUUCGGUGGAAGAAAGACCACCUGUUAGCAGAGCGGCUCCCCAGCCUGAGAAGCUCCAGAAGAACAACAUCACCAAAAAAAAGAAACUGGUUGAGGAGCUGGCUCUCGACCACGUGUUUGGCUACAGAGGCUUUGACUGUCGCAAUAACCUGCAUUACCUGAAUGACGGUGCCGACAUCAUCUUCCAUACAGCCGCAGCCGGCAUCGUUCAGAACCUCUCCACAGGGAGCCAGAGCUUCUACCUGGAGCACACGGAUGACAUCCUCUGCCUGACGGUGAACCAGCACCCCAAGUACAGGAACGUGGUGGCCACCAGCCAGAUAGGGACGACACCUUCCAUCCACGUGUGGGACGCCAUGACCAAGCACACCGUGUCCAUGCUGCGGUGCUUCCACUCGAAGGGCGUCAACUAUGUCAACUUCAGCGCCACCGGGAAGCUGCUGGUGUCAGUGGGUGUGGACCCCGAGCACACCAUCACCGUCUGGCGCUGGCAGGAGGGUGCCAAAGUUGCCAGCCGAGGGGGCCACCUGGAGCGCAUAUUCGUGGUGGAAUUUCGCCCUGACUCAGACACGCAGUUUGUGUCGGUUGGGGUCAAACACAUGAAGUUCUGGACCCUGGCAGGCAGCGCCCUGCUUUACAAGAAAGGGGUCAUCGGGUCUAUGGAGGCCGCCAAGAUGCAGACGAUGCUGUCCGUGGCCUUCGGUGCUAACAACCUCACUUUCACGGGUGCCAUCAAUGGUGACGUCUAUGUGUGGAAGGACCACUUCCUCGUCCGGCUGGUGGCCAAGGCUCACACAGGCCCCGUCUUCACCAUGUACACGACCCUUCGGGACGGGCUCAUCGUGACUGGCGGGAAAGAGCGGCCGACCAAAGAAGGAGGUGCUGUGAAACUGUGGGACCAGGAGAUGAAGCGCUGUCGGGCCUUCCAGCUGGAGACGGGGCAGCUAGUGGAGUGUGUGCGCUCCGUGUGCCGCGGCAAAGGAAAAAUUUUAGUGGGAACCAAGGAUGGAGAAAUCAUUGAAGUUGGUGAAAAAAACGCUGCUUCCAACAUCUUGAUUGAUGGACACAUGGAAGGGGAGAUCUGGGGCCUGGCCACACAUCCCUCCAAGGACAUCUUCAUCUCCGCCAGCAAUGACGGCACAGCCCGCAUCUGGGACCUGGCUGACAAGAAGCUGCUAAACAAGGUGAGCCUGGGCCACGCAGCCCAGUGUGCAGCCUACAGCCCGGACGGGGAGAUGGUGGCCAUUGGCAUGAAGAAUGGAGAGUUUGUUGUCUUGCUGGUGAACAGCCUGAAAGUUUGGGGGAAGAAGAGAGACCGGAAGUCUGCUAUUCAAGAUAUCAGAAUCAGCCCAGACAGCAGAUUCUUAGCCGUUGGUUCUUCUGAACACACAGUUGACUUCUAUGACCUCACUCAGGGCACAAGUUUGAACCGCAUCGGCUACUGCAAAGAUAUCCCCAGCUUCGUCAUUCAGAUGGAUUUUUCUGCAGAUGGCAAGUACAUCCAGGUGUCCACAGGAGCCUACAAGCGCCAGGUACAUGAAGUUCCCCUGGGGAAGCAGGUCACCGAAGCUGUGGUCAUUGAGAAGAUCACCUGGGCCUCCUGGACAAGGAAGCCUUGUCACACACCUCACACCUCUUCCUGUUGGAACAGCAUUCUGGGAGACGAAGUCAUUGGCAUCUGGCCGCGAAAUGCAGACAAGGCUGACGUCAACUGCGCCUGUGUGACCCACGCAGGGCUGAACAUCGUCACGGGAGACGACUUUGGGCUGGUGAAGCUCUUUGAUUUUCCAUGCACAGAGAAAUUUGCCAAACAUAAGCGUUACUUCGGUCACUCAGCUCAUGUGACGAACAUCCGUUUCUCUCAUGACGACAAGUAUGUAGUCAGCACUGGAGGAGACGACUGCAGGUUGGCCUGGGAUUGGAGUGAAGCCAAGGGCAGGUCAGAGCUACUCAGCAUUGCUGGUUGGAGGGGCAGGUGCUGAGAGACCCAACCUCCACGCGGCGAUUUCAGUAGGAGCUGUGGGCUGUUGCAUAUAAUCAGGAGCUUGGAGUGACCUUGAUCCACGGGCCUUGUAACUCAGAACUUCCAGUUCAUCACUAGAGUUCUUACAUGGAUGAUUAAUCCGCAACUCUGUGAGAGGUUUAUAAGUAGUAAUAUUGGGCCUCAGUCACGCAGAACACAUUACCCGAUUUUACACGUGAGAUCAGACAAGGAGUGAAGACAUUAGGACCAGUGCUGGUUAGCAGCCGGAGAACCUCCACCAGCUGUGUGGACUCCUAAACUGGGUCUGCCCCUAACCUUCACCACUGCUCAGUGAGAAACAGGCCUCAUGCUCUGGGAGGCAUGACUGGUCUUCCGAGCUUUUGGAAGGACCCCCUAGCAGCCUACUCCAGAGAUGCUAUCCAAGGAGCUCUCUCGUGUCCCUCCACCAAGGGCCUUUCUUAUUUGGAGUGUGGGGGACCAGCACGAGGUCAUCCGAAGUCAUUCGGCUUCUCCACAUCUCAUGUAGAUGAAGAGCUUUACAGAAACAUGAAUACAGUUUUCUGUUCAGUUGAGGACUGGGCUCACAGGGACAUCAGGAAGAAACGCAUGCAUUUUUAGUAGUCUGAGUAAGGUUGUGGAAAAGGUACCUAUAGAGAAUUUUAACCCACUUUCUAUCCAAAAGCAUUUUGUAGAAAAUGGCCCCAAAGGAUGCUUUCUGCUGCCCCCCCCCCCAGAAACAUCCAUCUCCAGGCCACUGUGUCAACCGCCGCAGGCACUGAGAGCCGUUGGGAGAGGGCCAGCAGCAGCUCCCGGGGUGGGGAGGGGUGGGAGGACCCCCAUCCACUGCAGCACCAGCCAAACUGUAAGCAAGCAGCCAUAGGAGACAGGAGUUAACCUGGAGAUCUGAGGGGGCUAUCGGUCAUUAUAAAGGGCUUGGAUGUCACCUUGCCAACACAGGGCCCCCUCGGCCCGGCAGCCAUGGGCUCCUGUCACCCCGGCCCUGUGCUCAACACUAGAAAGAGCUCUCCUGCUUGAGUGGAGCUGAUAAAACCUCUUCAGUGGUAACGAGAGAGAAGUGUGAAGUCAAGCUGCCAGCAGUCCUCCUGUUCAGAAGGGACAUGCUGAAAGAGCCAGACCAAACAGAUAACAUAGACCUUAAAAAAAAAACCCAACAGACCUUUAAUUGGUGGCAAGAUCCCUGGUUUGUCUUCUAAAAUUGAAAUCGAAAUGUUCAGCCUGAGCUUGACUCUGGAGCUCUUGGCAAGAAUGACUUUUGUCACUUGACAAUAGUUAUGAUGUCCAGCCCUGCAAAAUGUUUGGUCUGUCUUUUCAGUGUAUUUGUGUGGCGAUGCCUGUAAAUGCCAGAAUCCGCUUUCUUGCUGCCGCCAACGGCUGGCAACCACAGAGGCCAUGACGAGGUACCUCCUGGCUGCCAGCUGCUGGGAAAGGUCUAUGCCGCAACAAGCUACAUGAGCUCCAAGUGCUGAUGAAAUGUGACUGCUCCCAUCACCUGGAGCUUCCAAAACUGGGAUGUCAAGAAGGAAGGUCAGUGCUGACGUGUUAAGACUGCUUGCCUCUCUUCCUGAGACUAAAAACUACACGUACUCACUACACUGACAAAGAAAUCCUAUCUGAUAAUGUAGCCCACUGACAAAAUUUAAAGCCUCAGUUACCCUAACCAAUAUGUAGCUUUUAAUUUGCAUCAAAACUUUUACAAAAGAUGUUUUGCUAUUAUGUUUCUAUAUACUUUAAAAAUGUUCAUUUUUACAAAUAAGGAAGUUGAACAGGACAGCUUAAGUUAGAGUCACUGACAUACUAGAAAUACUGAUAGCCUCUGUUCUCCACAUUUAGCUUUCAAAACCAAAUGAGCCAUGUAUGAACAAGUUGAGAAACUUAAUUUUUUUAAUGUUUUGUUUGCAGAGUUUUAUAUCCAUUAAGUGCCUUUGAAAGCUUCCAGUUGUGUGGGCUGCUAUCUCACCUCCCACAAAUUAUCUCAUAUGGUGCUAAAACUUCAAAACUGAGGAGGGCUACAGGAUCCCAGCAGAUUCCUGGUCACCCAUGUCAUGUGUUUAGGUCAAGGCUUCCCAAAGGAAAGACAUUAGUUACGUGCUUGGGAAACAGUAGCUAUUUGAAGUUGAGCAGCAAAGAAACUUAGGUUCAGGUGUUGGAAGAUGGGUGGGUAGAGUGGGUUUCAUUAUACUGCGUGCCAAACCCACAACAUCCAAAACAUUUCAAAUAAAACAAAACUCUACUACAAAAUAGAAGAAGAAGGGGGGAAAAAAAGCUUAAGUAGGUCCAGGAAGAUGAGCUGAUUUAUCCUACUGAAUCUAAAAUGGUAAUAGAGGAGGUGCCUGGAGGCUGCGCUGGGAGGGCCACUCCCAGAGUGGGGUGGACUUGAUUCCAGUGGUGUGCUUCAGGUGAACGGUACAGGUCAAGUCUGGAUUCAAAAAAUCUCUGCAGAACAAAUUUCUAAGCCCAAAGCAGUAUUUGAUAACUCAAGAUUAUAAAACAAAAUAAUGUAGCUCAGAGUUGGCUGGAUGACAGGAUGUGACUUGGCCAAAAAAAUCAGAAUCACCCUGGACCACCUGCCAUCAUACUUGACCCUUGCUGACCACUAACAAGAGGGGCUGAUGGUGGCACGUGUGGGAAGGCAGGCUGGGGACAGACUGGGACUCUGAGCAUAUACAUUAUACCAAUUAGACCUUCUAGUCAGUGAACUGAAAUUCUGGAUCUUGAGUUACUGGCUAUUUUCAGUUGUCAGUUUAGAGGACCGGUGAAACGAAGCAUUUUCAAUUAAAUAGAUUAACAUUUACCACAGAAGUGCUUCAACAUUCUAAAUGGAUUAGAUCUCUCAUUAAGCUAUUUUUAUAUGCCAGUUUACUAAUGCCUUACAUUAAUCCACUGAUAGGUUGUUGGGCCCACAGUUAGAGUCCCUAUGCAGCCCUAAUUCUGUUUUCCGUAUCCAUGUGACUGGUGAUGCUGAGUGAUAACCACGUCUGCCUAUAUUGUACACUGACCUUUCAUACUGAUUGACUCUUGCAUUGAAAUAACUAUGUGAAGAACAAAUUUAUCAAUGAUGAUAUAUGUACACACUGUAUUUAAAGAGCAAUAGUGUCUAUGUGUCAAGAAAAGUUCUUAAAUCUGAUUUGUAAACAUUUAUAUGGUAUGAUUUUAUGUAUGUUCAUAAAUCCUGCACUGUAUUCCAUAUGUUAAAAUAUUGGUGCAUGAAUUUAUUUUCAAUUAAAGUAUAAAAAAUACA